AUGCGCGUCCCUCAGGACGGUCACCGCCAGCGCACGGUCAACUGGUGCGACAGCACCGGGGGCACGGCCGCCGCCUUUGACUUCACCACCAAGGGCAUCCUGCAGUCCGCGGCAGUGGCCGUCCACGGGGCGGCGGGGUCGGUCCCGCAGACGCGCUUUUGGGGCUGGCGCGGCUGCCGCUGCGGCGCGCAGCAGAGUUCGCGGCGCGCCGUCAACCCUGAGCGGCCGCGUUUGCGGCUGGAGGCCCUGGGUCGCGGGGAGCUCUGGAGGCUGGUGGACGCGCAGGGCAGGCCGCCGGGCCUGCUGGGCAUGUGGGCGUCCCGCGCCAUCACGUUCAUCGACAACCACGACACCGGCAGCACCCUCAACCACUGGCCAUUCCCCAGCCACCACCUGCAGGCAAGCUCCUGGGGUUGCGUCUGCGCUGGCGCCGGCGCGGCGCUCCCGGAGGGGGGGGGGGCCCGCCCAGAGGGCUAUGCCUACAUCCUGCUGCACCCCGGGACGCCCUGCGUCUUCAUAGACCACAUAUCAGGGGACGGCAAGCUGCGGCAGCUGAUCCUUGACCUCGUGGCCGUGCGCAAGUCCUACGGCAUCAACUCACGAUCCAAGGUCGCGGUGCGCAAGGCAGCGGGCGACGUCUACGCAGCCACCAUCGACGACAAGAUCGCGCUGAAGAUCGGCCGCGGCGACUGGUCCCCCAACAGCGCCGGCAUCAACGUGGGCCAGAAGGAGUGGAAGCUCACGGUCACAGGCCACAACGUGGCGGUGUGGGUCGCCGUCAUGUCGUGA